AUGAAUUAAUUCCACUUAACAUAAUAGAAUUAGAUAACAAUAUAGAACCCUAAUAAUGGGACAGUCUAUUUUCUUUAUAAUAAAAGAUUCACAGACUAUAACUUAGAUAGAUAUGAAGGUGAAAUAAAAGAUACAAAAAGUAAAAUAUUAUGUGAUUGUUUAAAACAAUUUAGUGAUCAAUUUAUGAGAUGCUUAGAUGAAUUAAUUUCAAAUCCAUAAGAAAAUAUUAUAAAUUAUCUAGAUUUCUUUAUAGAUCCUAAUAAUAAAUUGUUGUAUGUGAUUUAUCAAUAUGUUGAUUAAGAAUCAUUCCUUAAUUAUUAAUUAUAGAAUUUAAAAUUAGAUGAAAAAUAAAAAUAUAAAAUUUGUUCUGAUGUUUCAAAAGGAAUAUAUUAUCUUCAUUUAAUCAGUUACAGACACAGAAAUAUAAAUCCUGAAAAUAUAUGUUUUGUUGAUGGAUAGUAUAAAAUUACUCAUUUAAAUUAUGUUGUUCAUUUUGUUAUGAAAGAUAAAUUAGAUGUUGUUGGCAAUAGUUGUUAUUGGAGUUAAGAAUUACUAUUAAAUCAUGAUUAUAAUCAUACAAUAGAUAUAUUUGCCUUCGCUUGUGUAGCAUUUGAAAUCUUUACUCUAUAGAAAUUGUUCACUCCCUAAGACGAUAGAUUGAGGAUACCAGUAGGAAAAAUGCAAGAAUUUUAAAAAUUGCCCUUCAAAAUAUAAUAAUUUAUCAAUUUAGUUAUUGUAUAAGGAUAACGAGAUUUAAAACCUUUUCUAGAAAAUUAGGCUUAACUAUUAGAAAAUUAAAAGAAAUUAGCAUCAUAGAUAGGAUAAUAAUAAAUUAGCUUUGAGAUAAAUAAGAAACCUAACAUAAAUAACAUGCAUAACAUAAAUAAUAUAAAUAACAUAAAUAAUUUAAAUAACUUAAAUACCUUAAAUAACUAAACUAACUAACAUACCUUAAAUAACUUAAAUAACCAAAAUAACUUAAAUAACCAAAAUAACUUAAAUAACUUAAAUAACUAAAAUAAUAACUUAUAACCUUUUUCAAUUAAUUAAUUUCGAGACUAAAAGCGUCCAUCCACUGUAAAAAAUUUUAAUUAACCAUAAUUUGCUCAAAACAAAAUCUCUAAUUAACCAAAAUAACCAGAUGCUAUUGUAUAAUCAAGUAUACCUUAAUAAUAGUAAGUACAAUUUUAAUCUUUAUAAAAACAAUAAAAUUCAAAUACUUUUGUACCAUUUUAAUUACAACCAUAAUAAGAUAGAUAACAAUAACCAAUCUAAAGAAUAAUUACACCUCUAUCAACUACAGAUGCUAAACCUAAAAUUCCAGCUUUUCCAAAUUCAAUUAAUGAAAUUCAUUAAGUACCUUAAAUGCUUAAUCAAUAAUUUUAAUUUAAUUAGAAUUUUGCUCCUCCUAUUCUUUUGGAAACUUCAUAAAAUUUUCAUUAAAAAAAAAGUUCAUAUCCAAAUUUGAACGAUUACGACUAAAAUUAAGAUAUCUUUAAAUGCUAAAUUGAUACUUCGAAGGAAGAAAGAGAAAGAGAAUAACAAAAAAAAAAUUAAAUUUUUAAUGAAGUAUAGAAAUAUGUAAAGGUUGAAUAAUAAUAAAAAGUAGCAACAGAUUGUUAUGAAUUAGAUAAAUAAAGUCAGGAUUUAAGCAUAGAAGAAAUGUUGGAAAAAAUUAUUAAGAAAAGAGUUUAAGAUAAUUUGAGUCUUACAAUUGUAUGA